AUGCAAAAGAGACCACAGCUAACUGAUAGUGCUAUUGAUGAUGAUGCAGGUGUGGCUAAAGGAGAUUGUGCUGGCAAGGAAGGUGAUGAAAGAUUCGAGAAUAUGGCCAUGUCUGGAGUGGAAGAUCUUUGGGGUGAGCUGGCCUGGGUUGCAGAAGAGAUAACACAGCUCCUAUUGUUUGUCGGGGCCGGAGCGGGCCCCACUGGGGGUUUAAAGGUCUCUUCUUCUUCCCCUGAUCCUGCCCCAACAUGUGCCUUAAGUACUUUUGAUGAAGGUGGGGUCUGUGGUGGUGAUGAAGGUAGAAUGCACCUGGACCUACUUCCCCACGGCACCACUUGUCGUCCUCCACUAAGUGUUGCAUUAAACAGAGGAGUGUGCAAUGAAGAAACGUGGGCCAGGUGGCAACUGCCGGGGCUGAGGGUGAGGGGACCUCGGCUUCGGGCGCGGGCGGCGGCCGGAGCCGGGGGAGGCCUGGCCCCGCCACCUGUUCUCCCGCCCUUCCCGCCCUCGGCCGCUGCCUAUGGGGCCGCCCCGCUCCCUCCCUUGUCCGUGUGGGACCGGACGCGGAGCUCGGACUGGGACAGCGAGAGCCCCGGGCAGCAGUGCCUGCUGCAGAUCAAGCGGGACGUCACCGCCCUCUACAAGGAGCCGCCCCCCGGCGUGUUUGUUGUGCUGGAUUCCCUGGACAUGACUAAGAUCCAUGCAUUGAGCAAGGGACCGUUUGACACUCCUUAUGAAGGGAGCUUCUUCUUGUUCCUGGUUCGCUGUCCUCCAGAUUAUCCCAUCCGCCCACGGAGGGUCAAAUUGAUGACCACGGGCAAUAACAGGGUGAGGUUUAACCCCAACUUCUACAGCAGUGGGAAAGUCUGCUUGAGUAUUCUGGGGACUUGGGAUGGCCCUGCCUGGAGCCCAGCCCAGAGCAUCUCCUCAGUGCUGAUCUCCAUCCAGUUACUAAUGAAUGAAAACCCCUACCACAAUGAGCCUGGCUUUGAGCAGGAGAAACACCGAGGAGACAACAAAAAGUACAAUGAGUAUAUCUGGCACGAGACCCUCAGAGUGGCAGGCUGUGACAGGCUGGAGGGAAGAUAUCUCUGCCCUAAGCCCCUGAGGGGUAUGAUGGAGAAGUCCUUUCUAGAGUAUUCUGACAUCUAUGAGGUGGCAUGCAAAGACCGACUAUCCCUCCAAGACCUUCAAAUGGAGGAACCUUUUGGGGAGAAGCGAGACUGCUUUGACUACGAGUUUCUCCUGAUUCGUCUCCAGGCAAUUCGUCUGAGGGUGCAACAGAAACAGCAGCAGCACAGUGCUGAAAUAGACUCUGAUAGCAGUUCAUCUAAAACAGUGACAGAUACCCAGGGGAGUUCAAGGGCCUAGACGGCCCCCACCCCAUCCCUGGGAUGGAGCGGCACCACAUCUCCUUCCAGCCCCAACAGCAUCCUGCCUGAGACAAGAAGAACCAAGGACAGGCAGACCCCAGGGUGGGAGUGGGCUGUUGUUUGCAACCUUCUUGGCAUCCUGGUACCAAGGACAAUUUUCAUCCCAUGCCUAGGGCCAAUCCCGAGGUAUCAACAUACAGCAGAGCCUGGAGCAUGGUUCUCUGGCAAAAAACUGAGGGACAUUUCCACUGGGGCAGUUUCUUGGGGAUAGAAGACAAAGACUGCAACACUCAGAGGGGCUUGCUCAGAAUAGUCAAUGGGGAUACCAGGAGGGGGAGGGCAGGGUCAAGGGAGCCGGGAAGGAGGGAAACAGGAGGGUGUCACAUGACCUGUCCAGGUGGUUGUCUGCGUGUCUGUCUUUCAGUCUUGAAGCUGGGUCUUCCCCUUGCUUGGCCCAGCCCAGCCUAGUGUAACCUCCUGGACU